AACAAAUGUAGAAGACGACGAGUGAUAUGUAAGGUGAAGAAACGAAAAGGGUCAAAGGAGAGAGAGGGCAAUUUGAAUCACAAGUUUCAACCACAAAUUGGCAUCCUCACUAUCAUCAUCAUCAUCAUCCAUAAGUCGAUUUGAUCAUCCACUCUGCUUGCUACUUGUCGCUGCAGCAAUGGAUAUGGAUUCGACUUCCGGUCUGUAUCCAUUGCAUCGAUCCAAGACUAUUCACCUGGUUAGACAUGCACAAGGGAUUCACAAUGUAAUAGGAGACAAAGAUUAUAAAGCCUACAUGUCCCCCGACUAUUUCGAUGCCCAGCUAACCCCUUUAGGCUGGCACCAGGUUGAAAAUUUGCGCAAGCACGUCCAUGCAUCAGGGCUCGCCAAAAAGAUUGAUGUCGUUAUUACAUCUCCCUUGUUAAGGACUAUGCAAACAGCAGUUGGAGUCUUUGGUGGGGAGGGCUACACGGAUACAGUGGAUGCACUACCGCUGAUGCUAGCAAAUGUUGGAAACAGUGCUCGAUCUGCAAUUUCAAGCCUAAACUGCCCCCCUAUUAUCGCAGUAGAACUUUGUCGAGAACAUUUGGGUGUUCAUCCUUGUGAUCGUAGGAGAAGCGUCGGCGAAUACCAAUGCCUAUUUCCGGCAGUUGAUUUUUCAUUGAUAGAGAGUGAUGAGGAUGUUUUAUGGAAGGCUAAUAUAAGGGAGACAAGAGAAGAGCUUGCAAUCAGGGGGAAAAAGUUCUUCGAUUGGUUAUGGACACGGAAAGAAAAGGAGAUAGCUAUUGUCACUCAUAGUGGAUUUUUGUUUCAUACGUUAGCUACGUUUGGCAACGACUGCCACCCAUUGGUCAGGAAAGAAAUCACCAAACAUUUUGCCAACUGUGAGCUUCGUUCCAUGGUGAUUGUUGACAAAAGCAUGUUAGGAUCAGAUUCAUCAACGACUGAUUAUCCGGGAAGGAUUCCGUCUGGACCAGAUACCCCGAGCGACGAAAAAAUUGCAAACGACAAGCCGGUUUCCGGUUCCACUUGAGGCGAUCUCUCCUUCAUAAGUUAUUCAUUUAGAGUCGUAUUUUGUCUCAAAGCUGAAACAUGGUAAUGCUACAUUUGAUGUGAAAUAAUUCUGUAUUAAGUUUUGAUCGCAUGAUCGACAUUUUUAAAUGUUACUCCCCUGCAGUUCACUAUAAAAUUUAUGCUGCUGUCUUA